AUGGCCGCCUGUACGACGAAGAUCCUCGAGCUUCGCGGGUUCCAUCAGCAACUCAAGACCAAGGAUAUCCAGACGGCGUUUGCCACCUUUGGAGAGUCCUUUAAGAUCAAAUGGAUCGACGAUAAUAGUCUCUAUCUCGUCUUUACUGAUGCAGUCACUGCGAAACGCGUCUUUCUUCAGUCCCUGGGAUCUAUGCCACAUCAAUUGGUUCCUGCUCCCAAUGCGACCAUCUCCUUGACACCGUACAAAGGUCCUGACGCGCAAUCAAUCAUCGCGUACACGCAGCGCGCUCCUCGUUCAGAGCGUACCAACUCGAUGAGCGGUCAGCACCAGGUCCAGCAGCAGGUUCAACAACAGGAAGCCGCCCUCGCGUUGGCCACUGGCAAUGUUAGCCCUGCCGUUUCAAUGAUGCUAUUGGCCGCAGCCGCAGCCGGUCCUCCUGGAAUGCUCAAUGGAGCUAUUAAUGGAACGGGUUACUCUCCAGUAUCGCCGCAGUCUUCGAACAACCUUCCGUUCCUCCAGCAUCGCGGAAGCAAUGGGAGCCUCCGUUCGAGCUUUAGUCAGGGUAGUAUCCCCGAAAGUUAUAGUAUCGGAUCCAAUAAUAGCAUGCCCAGCAUCAGCCCAUCGUCGUCUUGGUCGGAUGCUGCAUCCAAUUACUCCAACUAUCGUCUUGGUGGUGGACGAAACAGCUCAAUGUCACUCCACCCAAGUGGCUUCCCAAUGUCUCGAUCUGGUCUCGAGGACAUUGCGGAGGCCUCUUCGCGAGAGGAAAUGCCUUCACAAACCGUGUCGCGCGCCAACUCGAUUAUCCCUAGUCCUCUCAAACAUUCAGCCAAUAUCGUAGUCACUGCAAGCACUCCACUUGUCGGAGAAAGAUUUGAGAGCCAGCAGAGUGCUCAUCCUAUCGACAGUCGUCUCAGUUCUCCAGGCAAGCCUAAAUCGGACACCGAGCGACCGGGAGGACCCUGGCUCUCUCGUGAGCCCUCUCCAACGCCCUCUCUUCCUAGUUUGCACGAAAAGGAGUCUAUCAAGUCACUCGUUGAUGGUGUCGGUAACCUUUCCCUCCAGAACCAGGCCAGCAAUGACGAGAUGGCUCUCUCGGACACGGAACGCUCGCCUUCAAACGGCAUCAAUACUCCUCCAGAAGGUAGAGCCCCUCCUAGGAUUGGGAACCCAGGCAAGCGAAUGCUAGGAGCUGCUCUAGGCAUCCGUCACCCUAGUCUUCCCCCCCGCGUCAUUCCCGGGUCGAUGUCUGUAGCCAACUAA